AUGUAACGGGUUUCUGGUAAAAUAAUAAGAAAGUUGUGCUUGUGUAAUUCAUAUCCGCUGAAUCAUCUCACUAUAUUUCAGUAUCACAUUACAAAGCUGCGUUUUUUUGCCGUUGCGUACACGACGUACGUAUCCUUUAAGGGAGGGCGUGGCUUCCUGCUGCAGAGAAGGAAGCCUUAAUGCGGAAGAUAAACAAAAGCCUCCCUAUUUCUGACUUUUCAAGAACAGGGACAAAGUCCACAGGAGGUUUUUUGAGACCUAAACUCUUCGUCUAAGCAACUUAAUACACAGACUAUGUGGCCAAAUCAAGGUCCUCCUCCUCAAAUGGGUCCCCAAAACCCUGCCUUCCCUCCAGGCUACAACCCUACAUUUCCCAAUGCUCCUGCAUCUGGAAUGUUCCCCCAGGGUCCGAACCCUGCAUACCCUGCAGGCCAAUUCCCAGCUCCCAUGAACCCAGCCAUGGUUCCCAUUGCACCUCCAGGGGCUCCUGGACCCCAUGCAUAUCCCAUGGCUCCUGGAGGUGUUCAUCCAGGUCCAUAUCCCCACUCUCCCAAAGGGGGCCACCACAAGGGCCAUCACAAGGAUCCUCAUUAUGGUGGGUUACACCCUGGGCCUGGAAUGGUUGUUGGAGGACAUGGACACAAAAAGCAUAAGAAGAUGAAAAAGAUGAAGAAGGUGAAGAAAGAACACAAGCAUGGACACCACAAACAUGGCAAGCAUUCAAGCAGCAGCAGCAGUAGCAGCAGCAGCAGUGACUCAGACUAAAUCGUCAAGCUCAACACUCAGCCUUCAUGCAAUAAUUAUUCUAAAAGCGCAACUUAUUACCUUGAAUCUAAUCUUAUCACUUUUACAUCCACAAGUAUGGUAUUUCAUAAACUCUUUAAAUUUAAUUUAUGACACUAAAGCAGAAUGCACACUCGGAGUUACUUUCAGUUUCUGAGAUUCAGUUUAUUCCUCUUACAGGACAUGGGACGUUAAUUUGUAGUUAGAUAAUUCAUUUUCUGCUACUGCAGUACAUAAAUUCUCCAUUUGUGUAAAUGUAAAUGCUCAAAAAUAAGUGAGCAGUUAUGACGCAUUUUGUUUUUUAAGAUGUCAUAUAGAAAAUGAGUGCAAUUAUUGUUUUAUGUUCUAAGUAGAAUAUUAGCUAAGUGCAGAGUUGGACCCAUUAUGUCGUUGUCAACAUCUGAUUUUAUUCUCAAUACUACAUGGCUUCAAAAUAAAUAUAUCAAUCGAC